CCUUCAGCGGGUGAAAAUGGCUGAGCCCCGGGAGGAGCGCCGCGUUGAGCUGGACCGCAGCCAGUUCUGCUGUCCAAUAUGUCUGGACCUGCUGAAAGAGCCGGUCGCCAUUCACUGUGGACACAAUUACUGCCAUAGCUGUAUUGAGGGCUGCUGGGACCACGGAGAGGCGGAGGAGGAGGAGAAGAAGAAGAAGAAGGGGCAGUACAGCUGUCCUCAGUGCAGGGAGACCUUCCACCCGAGGCCUGUACUGAGGAGGAACAACACGCUGGCUGAGGUUGUUGAGAAGUUGAAGAAAACAAGCGCCCAGCAGCUUUCUCCCCCCGCUGCAGUGCCUUGUGCCGGCCCAGCAGAUGUAGCCUGUGAUUUCUGCUGUGGGACCGGUCCCAACAAAGCCACGAUGUCUUGCCUGACGUGUUUGGCCUCUUACUGUCCGGCUCACCUCGAGCCUCACUCCAGCGUUCCUGUGUUGAAGAAGCACCAGCUGGUUUCGGCCACAGUCCCACUGCAGCAAAAGAUGUGCACGAAGCACAACAAGCUGUUGGAGGUCUACUGCCGGACAGACAAGAAGUUUAUCUGCUAUCUGUGCGUUAUAGAUGAGCAUAAAAGCCACUGUACGGUGUCAGCUGCAGCAGAGAGGGAUGAGGAACAGGAACAGCUGAUCGUGAGUCAAAAGAAAAUCCAAGAGAGAGAAAAGGAGCGAAAAGAGGAGCUUAAUGAGCUGGUCCAAGCUCUGAAGGAUUUCCAGAGUUGUAGCCGGGCUGCAGUGCAGACCGGUGAUAAGAUCUUUGAUGAGAUGAUCUCCUCCAUAAAGAGAAAGCACACUCUGGCGAAGCAGCUGAUCAAGGCCCGGGAGAAGAUGGCUGUUGCUCAGGCUGAAGAGCUGCAGCUGCAGCUGGAGGAGGAGAUCGCCAAGCUGAGGAGGAGACACACCGAACUGGAACAGCUUAUUCGUACGAACGACCACAUCCAUUUCAUUCAGACUUUCCAGUCCCUCUCCACCUCCUGUGAAUCUCCAGACUUGCCUCCUGAUCUGGUUGUUCGUCCUGAACGUUGGUUCAAAACCGUCACUGACUUGGUGUCUAAGCUGAGGGAUGACAUAGAGCGUCUCAUGAAUGACACAUGGCGCACAGUCUCUGCCACAGUGUCUACUAUAGAUGUUGUCCUGCCACCGGUGCCAAAGACCAGAGAACAGUUUUUACGCUACUGUUGUCCCCUGACUCUGAAUGAGAACUCAGCCAACAACUAUUUGUCCAUUUCACAAGAGUCCCGGCGAGUGACGAGAGAAGACCUUGCGCUAUAUUGCUCUGCUCACUCAGAAAGGUUUACAAAUGCCAUGCAGGUGUUGUGCACAGAGGGCCUGACGGAGCGUUGUUACUGGGAGGUCAGUUGGAGCGGUUCUAAUUUGUCCGUGGCGGUGUCAUACAAAGACAUCAGCAGAUCAUACUCACGUGAGUCAGAGUUCGGAAAUAAUGACAAGUCGUGGAGUUUUGAGUGCUUCCAGUUCGGUUACUCUUUCCAACACAACAGGAACAGCGUAACCUUGUUAGGCCCUCAAUCCUCCAGGAUCGGAGUGUACCUGGAUCAUAAGGCGGGUAUUCUGUCCUUUUAUAGCGUCUCUGACAAGAUGACUCUCCUCCACAAAGUACACGCCACGUUCAGUCAGCCUCUCUAUCCUGGCCUUAAGCUGAUCUACGGUAACUCUUGGGCAGAACUGAUAAAGUUAUGGUGAUAAAAUACUGGAGAGGUGAAUGUGUGCCACUGUUGAACAAGCUGUAAUUGGCCCUCAAUUAUAAUUGGAUACCAUAUGAUCUAGAUGAGAGGAUGUGAUUUUACUAAUAGUGAAUGAAGACUGAAUCAGUCCUCACCCAAUUUCUAAGAUCCUGUUAACUUUCUGACAACAUUUCGAGUGCUUUCUUUUCGUUGCAGAGACUUUUAUCCAUAGCUUUUCUGCACUAACAAGAAAUAGUGUGAGAACCGCUGGCUACUAUUUACAUGAGGAUUUGUAAAGAAGAAAAUAUUCAAUUUCUGCAACUUCAAACUAGCACUUUAAGUAACAUUCUUCAAAAGCCCAUUUGAGUGUUUUCCUAAUUAUGUAACAGUUAGAACAGUUAAGGUAGAAGGGUAGAGGGCGUUCGGUGUUUAAAGCCAGUUAAAACAAACCCAGUGCUCGUUGGGGUUCCAGAUAUUUUUCCAUAGGUGCUACGUGUCUGUGCUGAGGGUUUGUCAAAUAAUGACUUUUGAAAAAUGUGUUAAAACACGCUGUUUAAAAUGUUUCUCAGAGUAUUAUAGCCAGUUUUUUUUUAAAAUGCUCUGCUUUCAUUUGUUCCUUUUGGAUCACCACCAGUUUGGAAUAAUUAUUGGCAUUAAAAGGAUGCUCAGAAAUGGCGACACUGUGUAUUUAGUCCGCUAUGUUAAUUUUCCAUACUACCACUGUUUGGUUAUGCAGAGCAGACAUGUGAUACAUGUUUAUUUGUCGUGUUUAUUUUGUGUUCAUGUUCUCUAUUGUCUGUUUGGAUUAUUUUAAUUAUUUUGUGAAGACAAAAAAUGAAUAAAAAGAUGCAUACACACAGCCUAUUUGAUUGAUUUUCAUUUGUCUUGUGGCAGAUAUUCUAUAUGGUAGAUUAUAUGCAGAUGGGUCUAAACUCUGUUUUUCUUGUCUGUAUUUAAAAAUCAAAAUUAAUAAAUGAAUCUACAUGA